AUGCGUUGCAUCACUGCUCCAACCCCGCAAAUCAUCAACACUUCAAAACUGAACAUGGCGAACAAUAACAGCGACGAUCCUCAACGAAACCAGGGUCGACCGGAAGAUAACCCGUUCAUCGCCUUCCGCCGCUACGCCGACUCACAAGUCUCAUCGUUGCUCAAUACCGUCUUCACCCUUCCCGCCCAGAUCGCCAACUACAACAAUGCACACGGUGCACGGGAGCAAUGUCUCUUUGGCAAAGCAGACCCAAAGAAAUGCGAGGAGCUCCAUGCUUUAGAUGCGCAUGCGGAAAAGGUCCGCCAUGAAGGUGCAGAGUCGUACCAUGCUGGUGACGUGCAAGCUGUUCUUAAGAAGAGUGAACAGCUCAUGAUGUUGGAACACCAGGCUGGCGAUCUGAGAAGAGCUAUCCUAAGUGAUGCUGAAGAUUCAAGUCAGAGCGCCGAACAACACAAACAGCUCGUGGAGAAGGUGGGCAACAAGAAAGGGCAACAGUGGUCGGAUGGUUGGGAUUGGCCGGAGCCAAAUCGAGAUGAAGACACGGAUGAUAACGAGUUCGGGAGGUGGCUGGAAAAUCGUGCGAGAAAAGCUGGUGGCGAGCUUGAACGUAUGUUCACUAGGCUAGAAGACGACGCAAGCAAGGUCUUUGGUCAAGAGAUAGAUGAGCUGCGCAGGCACUGGGCUGCUCGAUACGACGACACACAUCGACACGAAAACGCGCAGUCUCGAACGUGGUCGUUUUCGAAGUCAUGGCAGUGGCCACCACCAGUGGACGCACCGAAGCAAGACGAUACAAAAGUGCUGGAAGAUUCAUACUCUCCGUCAGCGCUGGAAACAGACGAACGAACAAAACACAUGGGCAGCCUAUGGCGCAAUGCAUUUGAAGAUCUCAUGCGUACGACACAAGAGCAUCCGUUGCUGUCCGAUGCGCAAAACACACACUUCGAUCAGAUGGGUCUUCACCCCGUGUGGGACUACCAAAAAGAGCUGUCACGGCUGGAACAUCAGAAUAGGGAACAGGCUAUCAAGGCACGUCAGGAUCAGGUGCGGAAGCAGAUGGUACCUACACAAAUGACCCAAGAAACAAGCGAUGAGCCGAGCUAUGAGUACGCACACGACCAUGAAGAUCAGCAUGAUGAUCCGCCGACGCCGAAACCACAGCAAGGCGAGUUUCCUAGAGGAGAUUUCUUGCUGUCAGACACGCAACAAAAGCCGGAAACCGAGCUCGAUGCCUAUGAACGACUGCUUGCACCAGCAGCCACUGCUUCAGCAUCAGAGACCGACACCAAGUCAAGCAUUCUCUCCACACUGACAACUACCGAGCGUACGACUGCGCCAGACGGAACUGUCACGACAAAGGUUGUCCUAAAAAAGCGAUUCGCAGACGGAAGUGAGCAAAGCUCUGAGACCGUCCACACCCAGCGCGGCCAAGAUGGACAUCAUCAGACAAAAGAUCCAUGGAACACAACACAGAACACGCAAUUGACCAAUGCUCCGGAUAGGAAAGGCGAGAAGAAGAAAGGAGGGUGGUUCUGGUCAAGUUGA